AAACCAAACCUGUCUCCCUUUUGUCUGCCGCAUAUUCGGUUUUGAAAGAAUCUAAACUUUUGAAAGAAAUUUCACAAUUCCGAUUUUACCUUAUUAUCCCGAAACUCUCUGCUAUACAUCUUCACAUUCUAUCGGGAGAAAUGGCACUUGCCUUGAGCGAUAUCCCCGAGGAUCUCCAGCUCCGCAUCUUAUCCUUCCUCUCACCGACAGAGAUCUGUAGCUUCGCCUGCACAUCGAAACGCUUCGCCUCGCUAUGUCGCGAAGACCGCAAAAUCUGGCACGUCAUGUGCGAUCGAAGAUGGGGGAAGAAGACGCAGAUCCAGAAAUGGGGAAACGGUCGAAUCGCAUAUAAGCUCCUCUACAGGACUCUGAAGCGGUUGGAGAAUCUGAUCGGAUUCUGGCGGCUCUGCGGGCGGGCAAACCCCGCCGAUUCAUCGCCGCCGCUGGUUUUCUUCGAGUGGGGCUCCUCCUUCGUCUUGGGAUCUAGGGUUUUGGCCACCAACGACGACACGUAUCGGGUGCGGAAAACGCCGUUUCUCGUGUUGGGCAUCUCACCGGAGGGGCGAACAGAGAACUUUCUUGAUCUCGAUGUUAACCAUAGAUCUGGUGUCCCUGUGGAUCUAAGCGAAUUGGAGAGGAGCAGUCUCGUCCCUGUGGAUGUGAAUUUCAUGGGGAACGGUCAUAUUAUGGUUGAGGAGAAUCCGUGUUUCUUUCGAGACGAGCUGAAGAGUCCGGUCUGUAAAGGAUCUAGCUCAGGGGACGACGAGGAGAGCGAGGAUGUUGUUUCGGAGAUGUACACUCAGUUGGCGAAUAGGACGAGUCCAGGAGGUGAUAAAAGGAGAAAGAGGAAGAAGGAGAAGGAGAGACAAGCGAGGAUCAAGUGGGAGCCUGAACAUUUCAUCAAGGUUUCUGAUUUCUCGCCUACGCUUGCUAAACCAUUACAAGGCUUAUGGAAGGGUUUCUGUGAGGGAAGGAACCUGGAGUUGUAUUUGGUCAAAUACGAUGAAGUUGGAGGCGUUAUUUGCAAAAAAGUAGAGGACUUGUCUCUCUCACGGCAAACUUCUCCUGUGUUCUGGACACCCAACCAUGCCUUCAUCAGAUCUCCGUUUUCCGUUGAAGAAGAGCUGAUAUUGGAUAGUCGGAUCCAUAUCACCCCUCUCCGCGGAGAAGUUCAUGAACAAGUUAUAUCUGGAAUGCUGUAGAACUCUAGUUACGAUCCGGGAGAAGGACGGGUCUGGUUGUAUGAAAAUGGGACUUUUGGUUUCGGGUUUCUUCGAGAUCAGUUUAUCACUGAUCUGAAACGUGUUGCCCUAGAAGAUGGUUGUCUGGCUGAUGUGUUAGAUGCUUAAAAAGUGAUUUGCUUUAUUGGUUCUGGCCUGUGAAUUAUGUUGGUGGUGGAUGGAUAUGAUCAACUUCUCUGUACAUACAAAACUUAGGUGACUGUUGCUUUCAGAUUUAGUUUCAGACCGAUUGGUUUAAACUUGGAUGGUGGAAUCGCCUUGUAUUUAUUUGUAUUCUGUAGAUUGUAAGUUUGCCAGAAUAAAAUAAUUUAUUUGUGGUUUUA